ACUUCCGGUGUCCGGGGGGCUUCGGGGUGCACGAGGAUCUAGCCGCUCUUGUUCGUGAGCACGCAGAGUAUGCGUACACCCUGGGCCCCACCUUUUGCAUUAGGGGUUCCGCGGUACACUCCCCCCCCUCCGCGUGUGCAGACGUGCACGGCGCGGGGGCGGACGGGAGGCUCCCUUAGGAGAGGCCUCUCCGACCCUCAGUUUCCCUACCUAUAUAGCAUGCAGGCUACAAGGGGCCCAUGAAGCCCUGAACCCCCGCUAGGACACCUACACUGGUCCCCAAGAUUUGGGGAUGAUGCCCAGACCCUUCACUUGGCACGAAAGGUGCCUGUUGGAUGGUGCUUUUCUGAAAGCCACUGUGCGUCCUAGACAGGCGGCUUCCACCAUCAGGCCUUUGCAGGGAUUAGUUUGUCCACGGACUGCGUUGUCCCUCAGCCCCCCAGGAGAAUGCACAGAGGACCGAACUGCAGGCUGGAAUGGGGAUCCAUUCUAGGACAACUGGGGCGCAUUACCACCCUGCAGCCCACCAUGGUGGUGUCCAGCUCCUGUCCCCCUUCUACUGUGGCAGGCAGUAAGGUGCCCAUGGUUCUUGACACCUCCCCUCUCUUGCAUCACUAGAGGGCCCCAGACUAAGGCAAGCUGGGACUCCCUUGCACCCUGUUAUCCCUCCCCUGCAAGGAACUGGGGCUUCUGUUUCCUUGGACACCCACCCAGACCUCAGUUCUGCUAGGCCAUGUCUGCUGCUCUACUGGCUCAACCCCUUCUUGGGGUCCCCCAGAUUUCCUCAUUAGCCCCCAGGGCACCAUUCCUACACUGAGUCUAAGAGGCCACGUGGGUCAAUACCUUUAUCCCUACCUUUAUCUUGAGCUUGGCUACAUGUGUGGUUUAACCUUAGCUACCUUCAGACCAAUGGAGUCUUCCAGAGAGCUCCAAACCUGUUUCCCCAUCCCUAGCGGGGCCAGAGAAGUACUCGGCUCCCAGCAACCCUGAAGGACGCCUGUUAGUGUACCCUGUACAUAUGGCGAAACUGGUACUCGGAGUGGAGCAGGGCCAGCCCAAGGUCGCUGGGGCUUUCUGGCAGGGCUUACUCCGCCUCGUCCAUGUCCUCUAGGCUGGCAUCCCUGGCUGAGCAUGGUAGCAGCCUGUGGUCUGGGUUUCCUCAUCUGGUGUCAGACAUACCCUGAAGAGCUAGCAAGCUUGGGCACCCACGGCUCAGCUCAUGACAGCGUGAUCUGCCUACUCCAGCCUGGCCAUCUCAUGGGGGACACAAGCUGAGUGAUUUGAGAAAACACCAGAGACAGCCUUGCACAGGUGACUAAAUGGUGGACUCUGUGACACGUGGUGAGGCAUGAGCGGCCCCGAGGCCGCCGGUGACUUCUGAAGUAGAGGUCUGUGAGCCUACCACACCGGCUGCCCCAGCCCAUGGGGCCUCCGGGGGCCACGUGACUGUCCAGACCCCACCAGGCCCAGCUAUGGCAGGCGCUGAGGGCUUCCAGUACAGGGCUGUGUACCCAUUCCGCCGGGAGCGGCCCGAGGACCUGGAGCUAUUGCCUGGAGACCUACUGGUGGUGAGCCGGGGGGCCCUGCAAGCCCUGGGCGUGGCAGAUGGAGGGGAGCGCUGCCCACACAAUGUGGGCUGGAUGCCUGGCUUCAAUGAGCGUACCCGGCAGCGAGGGGACUUCCCUGGAACGUAUGUGGAGUUCCUAGGACCCGUCGCUCUGGCUCGACCAGGACCUCGCCCACGAGGCCCCCGUCCAUUGCCUGCCAGGCCCUUGGAUGGGCCCUCCGAGUCAGGUGUCACACUGGCAGACCUGGCGGAGCAGUUCUCCCCCCCUGAGCCUGCUCCACCCAUUCUGGUCAAGCUGAUAGAGUCCGUUGAGCAAGCAGGGCUGGACAGUGAGUGCUACAGUAGACCGGAGCUGCCUGCACCUCGGACAGACUGGUCCCUGAGUGACGUGGAGCAGUGGGACCGCACCACCUUGUGUGAUGCUGUGAAGGGCUUCCUGCUGGCACUGCCUACAGCUGUCGUGACUCCUGAGGCUGCAGCAGAGGCACACCGGGCACUGCGGGAGGCUGCAGGGCCCGUGGGGCCAGUGCUGGAACCCCCAACACUACCGCUGCACCAGGCACUCACGCUGCGGUUCCUGCUGCAGCACCUGGGCCGUGUGGCCCGCAGAGCUCCUGCCCAGGCCACAGCCGUCCGCUCGCUUGCUAGCGCCUUUGGGCCACUGUUACUGCGCACACCUCCGCCAGGGAGUGAUAUUGAUGGGAGUGAGCUUGGGCCUGACUUCCCAGGGCUGCUGUUGGGGAGGCUGCUGCAGGAACACGUGGAUGAGCAGGAUGUUGCCCCCCCAGCACUGCCACCCAAACCCUCUAAGGCAAAGCCGGCCCCCACAGCCCUGGCCAAUGGAGGAAACCCACUGUCACUUCAGGAUGCAGAGUGGUACUGGGGAGACAUCUCCAGGGAAGAGGUGAAUGAGAGGCUCCGGGACACACCCGAUGGCACCUUCUUGGUCCGGGAUGCAUCCAGCAAGAUCCAAGGAGAGUACACGCUCACCCUCAGGAAAGGCGGGAACAACAAGCUGAUCAAAGUCUUCCACCGGGAUGGUCACUACGGCUUCUCGGAGCCCCUCACCUUCUGCUCCGUGGUAGAGCUCAUCUCUCACUACCGCCACGAGUCGCUGGCCCAGUAUAACGCCAAGCUGGACACGCGCCUGCUCUACCCUGUGUCCAAGUACCAGCAGGACCAGGUGGUGAAGGAGGACAGCGUCGAGGCCGUGGGUGCGCAGCUCAAAGUCUACCACCAGCAGUACCAGGACAAGAGCCGCGAGUACGACCAGCUGUACGAGGAGUACACACGGACCUCCCAGGAGCUGCAGAUGAAGCGUACAGCCAUAGAGGCCUUCAAUGAGACCAUCAAGAUCUUCGAAGAACAGGGCCAGACGCAGGAAAAGUGCAGCAAGGAGUAUUUGGAGCGCUUCCGGCGAGAGGGCAAUGAGAAGGAGAUGCAGAGGAUCUUGCUGAACUCAGAGCGACUCAAGUCUCGCAUUGCGGAGAUCCAUGAGAGUCGCACGAAGCUGGAACAGGACCUGCGAGCGCAGGCCUCGGACAACCGAGAGAUCGACAAGCGCAUGAACAGCCUCAAACCCGAUCUCAUGCAGCUACGCAAGAUCCGGGACCAGUACCUUGUGUGGCUCACCCAGAAAGGUGCCCGACAGAGGAAGAUCAACGAGUGGCUGGGAAUCAAGAACGAGACUGAGGACCAGUAUUCACUGAUGGAGGAUGAGGACACCCUCCCCCACCAUGAGGAGCGCACGUGGUACGUGGGCAAGAUCAACCGCACACAGGCCGAGGAGAUGCUGAGUGGCAAAAGGGACGGGACCUUCCUCAUCCGGGAGAGCAGCCAGCGCGGCUGUUACGCAUGCUCCGUGGUGGUGGACGGCGAUACCAAGCACUGCGUCAUCUACCGCACGGCCACAGGCUUCGGCUUUGCGGAACCCUACAACCUGUACGCGUCUCUAAAGGAGCUGGUGCUGCACUACCAGCACGCGUCGCUUGUGCAGCACAACGACGCGCUCACAGUCACCCUUGCUCACCCGGUGCGCGCACCCGGGCCUGGCCCGCCCAUGGCCCGCUGAGAAACCCCCACUCGCCUGCCCUGUCUUCGCCCUGUCCCUCCCAGCCGCACUGCCGUGUUUACAGAGGCUGCGGGGCCUCCACGUGGGUGCCCCGAGAUUUUCAAGCCAUAUCCCCGGGGCCAGGGCAGGAAGGAACUGCGCUGGGCUGUUUCCAGGAAUUUAGCCUGGACACUCGGGGCCGGGCGGGACCCGCCCCGCAGACCCCAACUUCCCCUCUAAAGGUCGAAGCGAAACCAGCGGCAGGGGAUUACCCCACAGCUGCAGAGUUCCCCUUCCAGAAGGCAGAAUUAGAACUCGGCUGCCUGGCCCUGCCCAGGCCCCCGCGCUGUUCUCCAACUGUGCAAUCUCCUCCUCUUUGGGACAAGGACCCUGGGUGUUACUGCCCUUGGACCCCAUAUCUGCCCAGGGCUGACAGGGAACGGGUUUUGUACGGUACGUUUAUUGAUACGAAUAUGAAACAUUGUACCUGU